UUUUCCUAUAUAAACUAACCUCUCAAGUAGCGGCGCUCUUUGUUCACUUGUUCUCUCUUGCUCGGUUUCUCAGCUCAUACGCCUCCUCCCUCCUCUUCUCCAUCAACCUCUCUCAUCCACCUCUGCCUGCCACUCCCUUGAUCCCUCUUUACUCAUACUCGUUCGUAAAAUACGGACUUCAGUCUGGAUUAGCCUCCUCGUAUAAACAUGAAAGGUGAAUACACGGAUGAAACCCACCGUUCGACCCAAACAAUGUUCUCCAAAAUCCACCAAACCCAAAAAUUCCAACCACACCACCUCCGCAACCCGACCCCACCUCCGCAACCCUACCCCACACAACCCCUCCACGUCACCCCCUUCCAAGACCACCCCGCCAGCCCUUCCAAACCCGAGCCCUCCCAAAACGACGGCGCUUCCAUCGAAAUCCUCCGCCGUCCACGUGGCCGCCCACCCGGAUCCAAAAACAAACUCAAAUCCCCCAUCAUCAUAACCCGAGAACCCGACCCGGCCAUGUCACCCUACGUCCUCGAAAUCCCCGCCGGCUCCGACCUCAUCCACGCCAUCACUCUCUACUGCAAGAAACGCCAGUCGGGUCUCUGCGUGCUAAACGGGUCGGGUACGGUGGCUAACGUGACGCUGAAGCAACCGUCGAGCACUCCUAACGCCACCGUCACAUUUCACGGCCGUUUCGACAUGUUGUCUCUCUCGGCCACUAUUAUUCUCCCUUCAUUACAGCACGUAACAAACACGUUCACCAUCUCCCUCGCGGGCCCACAGGGACAAGUUGUGGGUGGGGCCGUGGUGGGCCCACUCGUCGCCGCCUCCACCGUCUACAUCAUCGCGGCGUCGUUUAAUAGCCCGGUGUUUCAAAAACUACCGAUUGAAGAUGAGCAUGAAAAUAACGAUAAUGUUAAUAAUAAUAAUCAUAAUAAUAGCGGUGGUGGUGGUGACGUGGCGUCGCCGUCGGUGGUGUCAGGCGGCGGCGAUAUGUACAGUGGCCAUAGUAUGGGUAAUGAGGUGAUAUGGACGCCAACUCCGAGACAAGCGCAGCCGUAUUAGCGGUGGAUUAGUUUGUGAUUAAGGGUGUAAUUUUAUGAUUAGUGAGUGUUGAUUUGUUAUUGCAGUGAGUGUAGGGUUUAGUUUGGGUGAGUUUAGUGAUGUUGAUUAGUGAAAUGUGUUUGGUUGUUGUAAUGAUGUGUGCUUUUUACUAUUUUAGUCAUUGUUUGUUGGA